AUGCAACUCGUAAUUAGCACGAUUGAUGGACAGAUUUUGAACGUCAACGUUUCUGAAGAUAUUGAACUAGAAAAUCUGCUGGUCUUAUGUUCUGCUGAAAUCAGUUCUUUGGACGGUAGUCCUCCGGAUCAGCUCGUCGCCAUAUCGAACGGCCGCCGCCUGAUCGACCGGACUAAGACACUUAGAAAAUAUGGACUGUCCGAUGGAGAUAUUAUAUUGGUCCAGAAAAUUAGUUCUGCUGAUGUGUUUCAGCCGGACGACCUCUAUGAGAUACGACUAAUUUUUGACCAGUUGAUGAUCAGAUUCAGUGCUAGUGCCACGUCUGACACGAGUCUUGAGAAGGACAAUAUCGACCGUUCGCUGGAGACGGCGAUCGAGCACACACCGGAGUCUUUCGGCAACGUCUCCAUGCUGUACAUCAGGUGCAAAGUAAAUGGACAUGACGUGCGGGCUUUCAUUGACACCGGAGCCCAGACGACGUUGAUGUCCGCAAAAUUUGCUCAAGAGUGUAACGUCAUGCGUCUGGUUGACAAGAGAUUCGAAGGUGUCGCAAAAGGCGUCGGCACAUGCAAAACACUGGGACGAAUUCACUUAGCUCAGCUCCAAAUUGAAGAUGUAUUUUUGCCUACUUCGUUCACUGUUCUUGAAGACUCCACCGUCGACUUGCUUCUUGGACUAGACAUGCUGAAACGCCAUCAGUGCAUCAUUGACUUGCGUCGAAACCUGAUGGUAAUUGGCACCACUGGAAGAGAAACGAAAUUUCUGCCCGAAAGUGAAAUCCCGAAAACCCUUUUGAACAUUGACCCUGAAGAUCUGAAAUCAUGUGCAAGCAUGUCGUGA